GGCUAUAGCAACUCUGCUAGAGGCAUGGCAGGGGUCUAAUCGUAGACCCCUUGAUCUUGACUUCAGUCAGCUUCCUUGUCCAGGGUCGAGGCCGAGCGUACGACCUGUCUUCGGAAGUCUAUUGGCAGAAGGUCGGCCAGGGGUGGUCCGAGGAUGACCUACCCUGCCGGGGCCGAGCGCGUACCGCUGCCGAGGUGGUCUUCCCUGGUCCUUUGCUUUGGUUCCGCCAAGUGGGCCUUAGCGAAGUUGGGCUGGGCCGCCUUCCUGGUGGGCUGGAUACCCCCAUUCCAGGGUAUCCAUCAUGAAUCCCCUACUUCUUCGGCCGAGCGUAGCGAAGCCGAGGGAAGUUGUCUUCUGUUAGAUGUUGAUUUUGACGAGGCUCUUCGCUUCGUGGGGGAGGGUUAUUCCGUGCGCCGACGACACACGACCAAUCACGUUUUCUCCAUGACUAGUCCCGACGCCGAGGUCGGGGUGCACGUGGCGUCCAUGCGUUACGGGCUUCAGUUCCCUCCUCAUGACCUGAUAGUCCAAUUUCUGAACUUCCACCGUCUUCUGCCUGGCCAGCUUAGUCCCCACUCCUAUUAUUGUUUCUCAAUCUUCCUAAUUAAGUGUCACGUGAGGGGAGUCCCCUGGUCCUUGGAUUUGUUUCGGUACAUUUUCAAGGUUUCCAAGGUCGGGACGCUUGAGGGAAACUCGUAUGCUGUUGUCUCUUCUCAAGCCGAGUGUGGUAUGGCUGUCAUCCCUACGUCCCUGAAACUCUGGAAGGCCAAGUUCGUUUUCAUCUCUGGCUUUCCCAGAGACCAGCACCCUUUCCAAGCCAGGUUUCCCGACUGUCACACUUUCAUUCGACAUCCUCAUCCUGACCCCACUCCGGAGCUUCUCGCGCUUGUGCAGAAACUCCUAGAAGACUGCCGGCCCAAGCCGCCUCACGUAUAUGCGGUGUGUACGGAACAGAACCUUGCGAAGGUGGGGAUUCUUAUCUCCCUCGAGCGUCAGUUCGAGUUGACCGAGGCCGUGCUGGGCAGUCGUCCUAAACAUGGGCUUGAAGAAAGUGCUUCGAGGCUGGAAGAUCCGGAGUCGGCGGAAAAGGAAGACGAAGAGGACGAGGAGGUCGAGACCGAUGAAGAGUCAGGACAGCCAUCCUACUCCGAGGACGUCGUUGAUGUGGAGCCUUCCGGAGGAAACACGCAUCCAUUGGAGGUUGUUCGGAGGGCCAAACUGUUAGCCCAAAUCCAGGGUCGAGGAGAGGAGGUUCAUCGCGAGCCGCCCUCGGGAGACACGUCCGGGUCCGCCGCGACCAUCCCUGACCGGGAAGUGGUUCAGACUCAGAACCAAAGGAAGAGAAAACUCAUCCAAACCGAGGAGGAGGAGACUGCGUCCGAGCAGGACUUGGUUCUGACUCAGAGUCCGUCGGCCAAAUGUCCGGCUGUUCCUCAGGACGGGAAGUGCCUGCCUCCCUUGACAUAUCUGACGGGAAUGUGCAGGCCGAGGCCGAGGGAAACUGUUCCCUCGUCUUCUCACCCAAAAAUCGCUCGUCGUCCUCCUCUGGAGGACGCCGAAUCGUGUACAUGCUCAUGGUGGUACCGUGCAAAGAGGCUGGAAAGGCGCAUUGAACGUCUGCAAAGACUCGUGAAUUACCUUCACGGGGUCCCUCAACGGCCUGCGCCUCCGAUUGAGGCUGCUCAGCCGGCUGCUGAUGCCAUCCCCGCGGGUGACGAUCACCCAGAAGAGUCCCUCGGCUCUUCCUAGAUAUCCCUUCCAUGGCCAUUCCCUGUAUAUCUUCCCAUGGAGGUUUGCAGAAUUGGGGGGCCAUCCCCGUCCUUCGGUGCCUGGGCCUUAGGACGGGGCACAUCUACCUCCCCAUAGAUUUUAAGACCAGGGAAAGAGGAGGUCCAUCGGGGGGUAGAGCACUUUAGGUCUUUUCCUUUUUCAGUUCUGCCGUGUAAUAAAUGUUGCUGGUGUCG